AUGACGAAAGAUAACAAACCUGCCAUUGGUAUAACGGUUUCUAAAGCCGAUAAUAUCAGCAAAUGGUAUACUGAAAUAUUAAAGAAAACAGAAAUAAUCGAUUAUUAUGAUGUCAGUGGAUGUUACGUGAUUCGCCCAUGGAUAUUCAAUGUUUGGGAAGAAAUUCAAAACUUCAUCAAUAAGCAGUUUAAACUACACCAAAUAAAGAAUUGUUAUUUUCCUAUGUUUGUCACCAAGCAGAAGUUAGAAGCUGAGGAAAACCAUUUAGACGGAUUUGCGGCUGAAGUAGCGUGGGUCACAAAAUCAGGUUCAAGCGAAUUGACCGAACCAAUUGCAAUUCGUCCGACGAGUGAAACGAUUAUGUACCCAAUAUUUGCCACAUGGAUCAGAUCCCACCGAGACUUACCUGUCAAAGUCAACCAAUGGUGCCCUGUAGUAAGAUGGGAAUUUUCAGAUCCCACUCCAUUUUUAAGAACCCGUGAAUUUUUGUGGCAAGAAGGUCACACAGCUCACGCUUCACCUGAAGAAGCACGAGACUUCGCUCUUAAAAUGCUCCACGUGUACGAACAAACAUAUACGGAUCUGCUUGCUAUCCCGGUCAACUGUGGACGUAAAAGUGAUUUAGAAAAAUUCGCUGGUGGGGAUGAGACUUUUACUAUUGAAACUUUCAUUGCAAAUUCUGGCAGAAGCAUUCAAGCAGCUACUUCUCACUAUCUUUCAAGCAACUUUGCUAACAUUUACAACGUGAAAUUCGAAGCGAUUUCUGGCGUUCAAGAACCUGUUUAUCAAACCAGCUUUGGCUUAUCAACACGUUCAAUCGGGGCUAUGAUUCUUAUACACAGUGAUGACAAAGGUUUAGUACUUCCUCCCAAAGUUUCUUCCUUACAGGUUAUAGUCAUACCCAUAAUAAAGAAAGCGAUUGAUGUCGGCGCUUUAGUUACUCACUGCGAAAAGAUCAAAGAAAGUUUGUUGGCAAAUAAUAUAAGAGCGGAUUGCGACCUUCGUGAAAACUACAAUCCAGGUUACAAGUUCUCGCACUGGGAACUCAAAGGGGUUCCCCUUCGACUUGAAGUAGGUCCGAAAGAUUUAUCUGAAGGUACAUUCCGUUUAGCAAGGCGAGUUGAUGGUUUCAAAGCUGAUUACAAACUAGAUCUAUUAAUUUCGAUUGUUGAAACAGCAAUGACAGAAAUACACAAAAUUAUGUAUGAAAAUGCAUUUGAAAUUCAAAAAAAUUGCAAAGUUCCCAUAACUUCUUAUCAGGAAUUAAUCAACGUAGUAAUCUCGUUGAAGCAAGCUGUAGCACCGUGGUGUAAUAGAAAAGAAUGUGAAAAAGAUGUAAAAGUAAAAUCUGCAGCCGAUCUUCUAGCUAUGAACAGUACAAUAAAAGGUUCAAUUAAAACUCUUUACACUCCUUUAGCUCAAACAAAUGGCUUAGCAGACAUAAAAUGCUUUAAUUGUGACCAUCCAGCCACACAGUACACAGUUUGGGGUCGCAGUUAUUAA